UUCUUAAAAUUAGCACUACUAGGAGCCACAAGGUAUAAACAGUAUACCGUUCAAAAUAUAACGAAUUCUUUUUGUUUGGAUUAAAUAAUAUUGAUUACUUUUUUCGCGGGAUAUCAAAACAGUGAUUUUAUAUGCAAAAAUUAACUGAAAAUGUAAGAUAACAAAAAGAAGUAGCAGAAGAGUUUAAUGAAUUAAUGGAUUGUUCUUGUAUCGAUUCAUAUAGAAAAAAAGUUUUAAAAGAAUAAAAUUAUCAAGCCAGUAAUACUGAGGACAACUCAUAUGUUAUAGAAUUAUUAUAUAUUUCUAUUAUAAACAUUGUUGAGGUUUGUAAAUUCUUUACAAGCCCUACAAUUUUUAUCGAUAUACUCUUUUGCAAAACUUCAUGAAUCAGAAGAACAGCAGUAUUAAAAAUAUCAGAAUAUAAGUAUUGAAACCACCAAGUAAGUUGACUGCCAGAGAAAAUACUUGAACAAAAUCAAAGGAAAAUAAUAAAGUAUCAUUAUUACUUUACAGUAAGAAAUUACAAUCAAAGUUACAUACAUCUGAUAAUACUGUAAGUGAAAAUUGCAGCUUAUUAAAUCAUAAUAGUAUAUCCUCGUUUGAUAUGAGGUAUACCUCAAAAAGAGUUUCAAAAUCAAAGAUGGGAUUAAAAUCUCCAAAAUUAUGCUCAAAAUCUAAAAGUCCAAUAUUAAAAAGAGUUUCAAAAUCAAAGAUGGGAUUAAAAUCUCCAAAAUUAUGCUUAAAAUCUAGAAAUCCAAUAUUACUAAAAUCAAAGAUUCCUACUAUUACAGAUUUGCAUUGCACUAGUAGCAAAAGGAGCUCACAACUAGAAAAUAGUACAAAUAUACUUAUGAGCAAAAUGUUAAGAAAAAAUGCAUUUAAAUUGAAGAAACCUAUAGUAUUACUGAAAAGACUUUCUGACAUUAUUAAAGUUACAUCAUCUUCAUCACUAUCUAGGAUAAGCAUACAUAUAAAUGAUCAAUUUAGCAAUAGUAAUAUAAAUAUUUCACAGAAGAUAUUUCAUGCCAUAUUUAAUCAUUCUCAGACUACAAGUCAUGAUAAACUUAAACAAAUAAAUAUACCAUAUAAGUCGCAAACGCAUUUUCUCGAAACAUCUCCACAUAAUAAAAUGAUUAGAACAUUUGAUGAUGUAAGUACACCAUUUGUGGAACCCUUUACGUCUUCUACACCAAAGGAGAAAGGAAUAUUUAAUAGAACGAAUAAUAAACGUAAUACAAAACAGAUAUCAUAUAAUGACGACACAACUUAUGAAUUAAACGAACAAUGCAGUACAUUAAACGUUCAAAAAAGUAUUGCAUCAACAACAGAAGAAAAACAAGGGGAAGUAAAAAAAGAUGAUACCUAUGAACUUAUUGAACCUAAGACUCCAAAUUUACGGAAGAGACUAUACAAAAAACAAAGAACUGAGUAUGAAAAUUUUGAUCAAAAGAAACGGAAAACGGAUGCCAACUGUUUGUUGGAUUAUAAAUAUAAUUCAUCUUUAGCAGAUCACAAUAAACAGAAAAAACUUAAUAAUGUUAAGAAUAAUUCAUCCAAAAACAGUUCAAAAAAGAAUAUUAUGAAGUCGCUGACUAGAGAUUUUAGUAAAAAAUCAAAUUCCAUCCCCGAAAUUGUAGUAACAACACCAUCCCGCAAUCAAAUUCCAGAUUCAAAGCCUGCUACAACGAAGAAAGUUCCAAAUUUCGCUAAAAUCCAUAAGAAAAUAUUUGCCAAAGCAGAGUCUAUUAUUGAUGCAAGGAAACGAGUAGUAGACAGAUAUACUGAACUGACCACAAAAAAUGAAAAGACUAACUCACGGGGUGAAAAUCAGUUAUCUAAUACAUUAAAUAAAAAUUCUUACAAUCAAUUUAAAUUAAAAAUAAGAAAAUUGGAAGCUACCGAUUGUAUCAUGAGAAAUAAUACUUCACGAGUAACAAGAAACAAAGAGCAAAGCAGAGCUGUUUUGAAGGGUGUACGAACAAACCGACGUUUUGAACUUCAGAUGAAUUUUAGGAAUAUGAACCAAUAAAAUAAUUAUGUUAGGUAAUUUAUAUUAUCAUAAGAGAAGCUCUUGUACUAUUUAUUUCAUUAUGUUCUCU